CCAGCGGACUGGGGGCGAGACAGAGGAGAUCAGGAGGCGGUGGGAAGCCAUUAAGGUCAUUUUGUCAGGGCAGCGCUUCGUCCCAGCCCGACACGAGGCCAAGGAAAAGGCAUUCGGCCGAACCCGAGCUGCGCUCCGGGCGCUUCUCGGCACCAAGGGCUUCGCGAGGCGCGGGGUCUUUCAGGCGGGCCUUUCGGACGCCGCAUGCAUAAACGCACCGCGGGGGGAGGGCGGAGGGGGCAGGAAGAGACCCAGGCCCGGGGCGGCCCCGAGGAGCCCGGGGGUCUCUGGGGAGCGCCGGCAGCUGCCAGAUCCCGGCAGCGGGAACCGAGCCGGAGCCAUUCGAGGUCAGGGCCUACCUGCGGCAGCGUUGCCAUGGCAACGGAGCGCGCCGCUCCGGUGACGCGAGGACUCCCGUCACGUGACGAGGGCGAGCUCUUAAAGGGCCCGCGCCCAGGGAAGAUGCUGGCGGCGGCGCUGCCGCGGGCUCUGUGCCGCUCGGCCUGGCGCUGCCCUGCGGGGCUCGCGCGACCCCGGCCCGCCUGGCACGGCAGGGCCCGGCAGGAGCGGGGCGGCAAUGGUGGCAGCGCGGGGUUCGCCAGGUGGCGGUGGCCUCGGCCGGGCGGGGCUGCGCUGGCCUUCCUUGGAGCUUUCUCCCUCUUUCCCAGGGACGACGGCGAGGAGGACGGCGAGGACGCCAUUAUCCUCCUACUGAAGAAGGCCAAGCUCAGCUCCAUGAAGGGCGAACUGGAUGAGGCCGAUCGACUGCUGCAUCGAGCGCUGCGCCUGGCGCAGCAGGCCGACAACAGGAAGGCCAUCAUCUACACGUACAGCACGAUGGCAAACGUGGCCUUCAUGCAGGGACAGCUGGACAACGCAGAAAAGCUCUACAAAGCAACGAUGAGCUACUUGCUUGCAGGAGACAUGAAGGAGGAUGACAAUGCAAUCCUUGAGAUGUCCCUCAAGCUGGCCAGUAUCUAUGCUGCUCAGAAACAGCACAAAUUAGCCCUGGCUGGCUAUGAGUUCUGCAUCCUGACCUUAGAGGAGAAGAUUGCCAAGCAAAAGGACUUGCCUGAGGAUGUCUUGCCAGCUGAAGAAAAAGCCAACACUCGUCUCUUGCUGGGGAUGAGCCUGGACUCCUACGCUCGCUAUCUGCUAGACAUUAACCAGCUCUCAGUGGCCCAAAAAAUGUACGAGAAGGCUCUGCAGAUAUCAAGUGAAGUUCAGGGAGAGACUCAUCCACAGACUGUGGUCCUCAUGAAUGACUUAGCAACUGUGCUGGAUGCUCAAGGGCACUAUGAUGAGGCAUACUCUCAUGUGAAGAGGGCAGCUGAGCUGGCAAAGGAGACACAACACCCUGAGGAGCACAUGGUGCUGAAUAACCUGGCAGCAAUUCUGAUGCACAAAAAAGACUUUCUGCAAGCAAAACAAGUGUAUAAAGCAGCUCUGAAACAGGCAGAACAGAAGGGAGAUGCUGAUUCUGUCCGGCACAUCCAGGAAGAAUUAGCUGAACUGGCCAAGAGGAGAAAAGGCUCUCAGUGAGUUUGGCCAAAGAGUCCAACAGCAGCAAUGGUGGGUGAAUACAGGCAGCCUGGGACUAGUUUGGUACAAUUCUCCAGAGGAGCAGCAACUGGGAACUUAAGGAGAGCUUAAUAAGAAGGGCUGUUAUUGCCUAACUGUUAAGCCCAAAAUAAAGUUCUGAAAUCUUAAUAGUA